CUUGUUGUGUCUCUCAAUUGUGGCUGAGCCGCAGGCGCCUUUUCUCCACAACACGCACGCGGACUUUCGACGGGCGAGACUCCGAAAGGUUCAACUCAAAUCCACAGACAGCUUGGGAGAUUCGAAACUCUACCUAUCACUACCAACCUGACCGCCUUACACACUAACAAACCACCUUGUCGAUUCACAACACCCCACUCGCAGCCCAAGAACCGCUCACAACAAUUGAACCUCCCCGCAACAGCGUACACAUCACAACCCCCUCGAACAAAGACUCCAUCUGGGAACAUCUCACACCUUCUCAACCACGCAUCUCCAAAGCAUAGCGCGCAAAACACCACCAGCAUAAGGGCGUACGAACAAAAGCCCCCAUACCCCUCACCCACCGCCCUCUCUCCUCCAAGCAGAAAACAAGAAAUCCCACAAAAAUGUCCGACGCCUACGAGCGCGAGCGCCAGAACAACUCCCGCCUCUCCGAACUCUCAGCAAAAGUCACAGCCUUACGGGGCGUCACGAUAGACAUCUACGACAAUGCCCGCGACCAAGAUCUUAUCGACAAUACCGUAGGUUCUCCCUCUGGUUCAUAGUUUGGUGUUACAUGCCCCUUUUCGUGCCAUGUCAGACGUACCCUGGAUUUGGAAAGACCCCCGGUUUGUGAAGCUCUGGAGAAGUAAUGCGGGACGAUGAAGAUAUGGAACAGAUAUGGCAAUUUGGUUCUCAGGAUUCAGGUACUGACAGGUUGAUUGAUAGUCCGAUACAUUCUCCUCCAUGAGCACCAGUCUGAAAGGCUCAGCGGGACGACUAGGGCGUAUGGCAGCGAGUGGGAACAAAGUGGCGAUAUUCAAGCUAUCCGGCAUAAUUAUAGGGACUGUGUUGGUACUCUGGUUCUUAUGGGGUCUCGUACUUUGAGAGCAUGGUUAGAAGGGCAUUAGAGACACAACGUCGGAUUGGAAAGUGCAUGAUAACGAGAGGGAGUAUUUGCUUUGGGGGUGUAUUGUAUUGGUAUAUACUGUCUGUAGCAUAGCACACGGCGUUUUCUCAUGGAUAAGGAGGUGAUGGUCGAAUGGAUUAUCGUCAAAAUCAGGAAUUAUCGGUUCAAUGUACUUGGGUAUUUCAUAUGGGUCAUAUAAUUUGUACUAUUUCUAAUUGAACGUACUAGGCAAAUAAAGAUGCUAUGCAGUUCAU